AUGAAAUAUUCAUCAACUUUUUUAUUAGCUACUUCAGCUUUAUUUAAUCUUAUUCAAGCUGCUCCAGCUCCAGCAGUUAUAACUGUUACUGCUUAUACUACUGUUAUAGUUGAUCAAUCAGGUGUUACUCAUACUCCAGAAAAUCAAAUUCAAAAUCAAGCUCAAACUCAAGGAGUAGAAGAACCAGAUACUACAAUUUCUUCAUUAGCCACUUUAGCUCCAAGUACAUCAGUAAUUCUUGGUGGUUUGACUACUUCUUUAACUUCAACAACACCUAUUUCAAUUGCAACUAACCCAACAACUUCUUCUUCACCAACAUCUACAUCAUCUUCAUCAUCAACAUCCACAUCUCAACCAACUGGAGGAUCAACUUUUUCAGGUGAAGGAACAUUUUAUACCCCAGGAUUAGGAGCAUGUGGAAGUUAUCAUGAUGAUUCAGAUUAUAUAAUAGCAAUAUCUCAUGAAUUAUAUGAUUCAAAAAAUAUUGGUAAUAAUCCAAAUAAUAAUCCAUUAUGUAAUAAAAAAAUAAGAGCUUAUUAUAAUGGAAAUUCUGUUGAUGUUACUGUUGUUGAUAGAUGUGAAGGUUGUGCUUAUAAUGAUUUAGAUUUUUCACCUACUGCUUUUUCAAAAUUAGCUGAUCAAAGUUUAGGUAGAAUUGAUAUUACUUGGGAAUGGUUAUAG